AUGUCUGGGUGCCUGGAAUACGUAAUCAACGAAACAUCGACGGGAAGUAUGCUGGCGGUUUGGAAUGGCACUACAAAAGGAGAAGCGGAGGAUCGAUGGCGUUUGUUAUCGGCUCUUGUAGCAUUUCUCAUCGGAGGAACCGCCCUCGUUCUUAACGCCGUGGUUUUAUUAACUCUCAUCGUCAGCAAAGAACUCAGACAAAACACACACCACAAUCUAGUCCUCUGCCUGUCUAUCAGUGAUUUGAUUCUUGGAUUGAGCAUGUGUGUUGGCGGGUUGCGUUUGUUUACACCACAAUGGGCUACCUUUUAUGUACCAUGUGUGAUGACCAGUGUAUUGUUUAUCAGCAGUAUUACGCUUUCCUUUUGUCAAACGUUUCUGAUCAGUUUUCAUCGAUAUCUCAAAAUAUCGGAAUCAGUCUUGGAUAAAAAAUUGCUGCAGAACAACCGGAAGUACGCUAUUUACAUCGCUUUCUGGCUAGUUGUUCUUGGUUUUAACAUAUCCAUGGUUCAUUAUCGUCAUGUGGCAGAAAAACUGCCUUUUUGCAAAUUCAAAUGUGUAUUUGGCAAGCGUUACCCAAUUAUGAUUAUUUAUUUUCAGUCUAUGACAAUAUUGCUAUUAACGCUGAUAAUUGUCUUUUACGUCUUAACUAUUUGUCGAAUGCGUCAAAGAUACAGAAGAACGUUCGCUUGGCAGGCGAAUCAGAAUGGAAAUUCAUCAAAUACAUCCCAUGAAAUGACAACACUACCUUACUCCGGAAAUGAUCAGUUGACGCAACACAUGAAUAAGAAAUUGUUUGGCUCUAUGAAACUAAUUGGAUUUAUCAUCACGGCACUUUUGAUUUGUACAGGCCCAAUGGUCAUCGCGUCAUUCUUUGAAUCAUUAACACAAAAACAACUCUUCAUAGUCGCUACACUCUCCUGUUUAAAUUCCGUAGUAAACCCUUUUAUUUAUGCAUUUAACAUAGAAAAACUCAGACGAGAAUUGAAAAGUAUAUGUCACAUUAUAAAUAUUUUUUAA